AUGAAGGCAUCAAUUAACAAUAAAAGAUUCUUUAAAGCACAACGAGAGAGGCAUCGAAUGCAUUCCUUGAACAAGGCGCUUGACGUUUUAAGGAAGAAACUUCAACAAUCUCUUUCAUGUCCUGAAUUAAGGUUACCAAAGUUUGAGGCUUUAAAGUUGGCAAAAAACUAUAUCCGCACCUUGGAACUUAUUUUGCAUGGAAAUAAAAUUACAAAUGAUGAACUUCUUAACAUUUUGUGCAAAAAUUUGCGACCAACUACUGCAAACAUUCUUAAAAAAUUGCGAAUAGAGAAACAAUGUUAA